AAAAAGCCAAACAAACGUUUCAUCUACUUCGAUAUCAAUAAAGGUUGUCGCUCCUGUUGGUGCUCCAGCAAAGAACAACAAUGCUGCAGGUUUAACAAAGGAGCUUCUGAGUCAAACAAGGGUUCCUGUGAACAAGGAGCCUCCUAUGUUGAGACCCAAGCAGAGGCACAUGCAGUCACUCAGCUGCUGGAAGGUUAGCUGUACAGAAAGUGUGUAUAUACAUAAGGGCAACAAUGAAUUCCUUGGCCAAAAUGGAAGAGGAAAUAAUUGGCACAAGAGUUAGUAUCAAGGAAGAGCUCAACAGUGAUGCCAGUGAAGAGACAAUGUUGGAAAUCAAGGAGGAAUCACUCGAUUAUGGAGAUGAAUCUAGAAAUGAAGUGAGUGAUGUGAAAGUGAAACAUGAUUACCUUUUCCUUCAUAAUCUACACGAGCUAAGACAUGAAGCAAAUGCAACUGACUCAUGUAACUUGGCUCAGGAUUGUAAUGUCAUGUUAAGAGUGCCAUUUGAUGACCGUGGGAGCCAGUGUUCAUCAGAUGGGGAUCAAGUGAUGUACUGUGAGGGACUUAAUGAGGAUAUGGAGUUGAAAGUGGAAGCCACACUGAAUCGUUUAGUAUGCGAGGUAUGCGGCAAGAAAUUCUCUCAAAAGAGCCAUAUAAACGUUCAUAUGAGAGUCCACACAAAGGAGAAGCCAUACGUCUGUGAUAUUUGCAAUAAGGCCUUCCCAUCCAAAAGCGAUCUCGUAAAGCAUAUCAGAGUACAUACGAAGGAGAAGCCAUACAGCUGUGAGAUUUGCAAUAAUGCUUUCUCUAAGAAAAGUCAUCUAUUAAGGCACAUGAUAGUACAUACCAAGGAGAAGCCAUAUAACUGUGAGAUUUGCAACAAGGCGUUCUCACAUAAAACUAGUUUAGUGAGCCAUAUGACAGUACAUACAAAGGAAAAGCCAUACAGUUGUGAGAUAUGCAAUACAGCCUUCUCUGAGAAAAGUCAUUUAGUAAGGCACAUUAGAGUACAUACAAAGGAGAAGCCACACAGCUGUGAGAUUUGCAACAAGGCGUUCUCACAAAAAAAUAGUCUAGACAGGCAUGUGAGAGUGCAUACAAAGGAAAAGCCAUACAUCUGCAAUAUUUGUGACAAGGCUUUUUCACGGAAGCAUAAUCUGAUGAGACACAUGAGAGUACAUACAAAAGAGAAGUCAUGAAGCUGUGAAGUCUAGAAUAAAACUUCGCAGAAUUGCUAACUAAUGCAACACAUAAGAGUACAUACAAGAGAAAAAGCAAAUACCUUUGAGAUUUGUAAGAACUAAUCUAUUGAGUCAUAUGAGAAUACAUACAAAUGAGAAGUCAUACAUAUGUGAAUUUUCUUACUAAAUAGUCAGGCCUGUGGUUUGAAAUAAAGAGAUGUCACUGUAGCAUAGCUUAGUCCUACACAGGAGAGUACAUUGAAAGGAGAAGCAAAAAGUUGUAAGGUUUCCCUAAUUAGUAAAAUGUGCUUUAUAUAUGAGUACAUAUAAAGAGUGGUCAUAAAGACAUUUGGUCAGAUUUUUUUUUUUUUUCAUGCAUAAACAUAGGCCACAUAUAUAUAUCUUAGAGGUUAAUAGAUAUGCACUCAGAGAAGAUGCCUUAUGAUAACAUGAGACUGCAACAGGAAAAACAAAGGGAAGGGCAAGAAAACACAAAUAUCCCGAAGGCCUUUUCACUAUUGCUUCGUCAGGGAUA